GGAGGCUGCAUGCACUACAUGUACUGAGUGUUGGUAUUGGCACUUUACUCCCAGGAACAACAACUCAAGAAAGAAACUGCAAAGUAGUGGCAUGUAGUUCUGUAAAUAUCAUGGCCACCAGUGGAGAACCAAAGAGCGAUGAAGCUCUCAAAGACUUCUUCACUGAGGUGAAAGAAAUUGAAAAGCGAGAUUCUGUGCUCACCAGCGAUCAGCAGAUAGCUCGCCUUACUCGUCCUGGUUCAUCAUAUUUCAAUCUGAACCCAUUUGAGGUGUUGCAAAUUGACAAAGAUUCUACUGAGACGGUGGUCAAGAAGACAUACCGCAAGCUGUCCAUCCUUGUGCAUCCUGACAAGAAUCCAGACUGUAUAGAGACCGCACAGAAAGCGUUUGAAGCUGUCAAGAAAGCGUAUGAAACUCUUCUCGAUGAGGAGCAGAAGAAAGCCUGCUUAGAGGUCUAUGUUGAGGCCGAAGGCUUUCUCAAGACAGAGAUUCAAAAGAAGAAAAAGAAACUGAAGAAAGAAGGGAAAGAUGACAGAGUGGAGGAGGACGAUCCACGUGUGUACGAGGAGGCGUUCCACAAACGAGUGAUGACCCUGUUCGCCGACUUCCAGCAACGGAGGAAGGAGAAGGCUAUGAUGGAGAUGAAUGAAAGAAAACGGCAAAGGCAAAAGGAAAUUGAGGAAGAGGAAGCCAAGAAAGCUAAGGUCGAGUAUGAAAAAGGCUGGGAGGAGAGUCGCACGAAACGUGUGGACAGCUGGCGGGACUGGCAGACCGGAGCAAAGAAAAAGAAGAAGAAGGACAAAGACAAGGACAAGAUCCCCAAGGGUCCGUUGCGGCCACCAAAGCUGAUCCCGGAAAAGCGGUGAUCAAGUCCGUCUCCAGUGAUGUGCUUCACAUCCUCAUGGGCAUGCCGUGUUGGCCGUUGCUUUCUCUCCGAAAUCCAACGUCUCAAAUGACUUUCACUAGGAGGUGUUGCCAUGCAUUCCGUUGCAGUGGACAUUGUUAGUCAUCUUCUUCACCAGCUGCUGACAGUGGCAGCAGACCUGCAUGCUUGCAGACUCCUUUGCCGUUCCGACCCGUAGCCUUGAUGACUGGACUGCAUCGCAUGCUGCACAUCUGUGCCAGCUAUUUCUUUCUUGCUACAAAUACGUCCGCAGAAGGUGCAGGCAUCACUGCAGCACCCUGGACUGACCUCCGUUCGUGUCUGACUUUUUACUGUGGACUGUGGUGCCAGUCUGCAUAAUCUAUGGUGAAUAUCACUAAACUCAGCCUUGCAUGUAUGCUUCUCUGCUUUGCUGGCUCACUCGCGUCAAUGCGCAUGUGUGUGUGUGUGUGUGUGUGUGAGAGAGAGAGAGAGAGAGAGAGAGAGAGAGAGAGAGAGAGAGAGAGAGAGAGAGAGAGAGAGAGAGAGAGAGAGGAGAGAGAGAGAGAGAGAGAGAGAGAGAGAGAGAGCUGUUUUCUGCUAAAAUGUUGCUACUGCACUGCUGCCUAGUUGUAAACCAGGCCUACUGUCAUAAUAAUUCUUGUACAGUGUGUUGUUGUGACAGUGUGCGUGACACAAGCCGCACCGUUGAAUCCGGACGAUUCUCUAUCAUUUUUCCACUGGUGACUAUGCAGAACAGGGAGUAGUGAAAAAAAACCCUUUAGUACUCCUUCGUGUAGAGUAGUUUGGAGUUGCGCUGCUGCUGCUUCAGCUCGUAUUGGUCGGGAAAGGCACCCGUUUGAAGUUUCAUCUUUCUGUUUUACUCAAUCAGCCAAAUGGCUUUGUACAUGGUGUGUCCAUACCGAGCUGAUAAAGCUGAGACUCCUUUGUUCACUUUA